AUGGCCGAGGAAAUGCGCGAAGCUGCGGGCGAAGAAGAGCAAGAGUUGGCACGGGAGAUGGCUGAUGCAUUCCUUAACGAAGAUUUACCAGAGAAUAUCUUCUCGGCUCCGAAAGCUGGACAUGGGAUGUGGGCAUCAACGGUGCGACUCAUGGAUCCCGUUAUGGGCGUGACACAUCAACAACACAGAUUAGUACAAAAUGAGGCUGCAAUGUCAAUUGCCCUCGUAAAAUUCCACAAUUCCGUAGACACAUGGUAUUUGAUCGUUGGUGUUGCGAAAGAUCUGCAGCUAAACCCUCGACAAUGCAGUCAAGGCUUCUUGGACACUUAUCGGUUGGAUCCACACUGCAGAAAUAUUGAACUUUUGCACAGGACUCCUGUGGAUGAAGUACCCUACGCAGUUUGUGCGUACAAUGGUCGUUUAUUAGCUGGUGUAGGGAGGAUGUUGCGCAUGUAUGAUAUGGGCAAGAAGAAACUCUUGAGAAAAUGCGAAAACAAGCACAUUCCAAAUUUGAUCGUCAGCAUUCAAGCGAUGGGUAAGCGAAUCUACGUUGCGGACGUACAGGAGUCUGUAUACAUGGUACGCUAUAAACGUGCCGAAAAUCAACUGAUCAUAUUUGCCGACGACACUCAUCCCCGCUGGAUUACAUGCACGUCUGUGCUAGAUUAUGAGACUGUCGCUACCGCUGAUAAGUUUGGUAACAUUUCGAUUGUUCGCUUACCACCGAAUAUCAGCGACGAUGUUGACGAAGAUCCUACGGGAAAUAAGUCGCUUUGGGACAGGGGAUUGCUAAACGGCGCUUCGCAAAAGCAGACACCGUAG